UCGUGUUCAGUUGUUGAUUAUCUGAGUAAGUUCACACAGGGCACAGCUGAUUUUAUACAUGUGAUCACUCCCUAGUGGUAUGAUCACCUACGUCAAUGUAUGUAUGCAUCAAUAAGCUGAGGUUACCUUAUAAGGCAACCUAGUACAGUAGCUUCUCUGAAUUUCUUAGAAUUGUCCUCUGUCACACAAGAUCAAAAUGUCAAAACCAGACAGUGGUUACUUUUUAUCUAGUUUCGGUGACUCAGACCAACCUGCAAACCCACUCUCACAACAGCCAGGGCUUAACCACAAAGACUAAUAUAGAUAGCUUGUGCAACGUAUUGUGGCAGAGUUUUUAGACACAUCGCAACAGUAUAUUAUUAUAAGGCCUGCAGCAAAACAUGUGAAUCUUAAGGUCCCCUUAAUAAUGGGGAGGGUCUUUGGGACACACCCCCUACAACGUCCUCAUUGAUGACAAGCGCGCUCUCGGUUGACAUGACAUCCUCCUUCACACAGGCAGGGGGAGCGGGGCCGCCCCAUGCUUCAAAGCGGGUGAAGAACUUGUUUAGUUAAUUGGCUGUAGAGAGGCACACCCUCAUCUGGGCAGGGAUAAAAAUCUCACUUUGAAGGGGGCAUUUGCCAUAUUCUUAAAGCUCAUCCAGGCAGAGUCUCCCUGUGACAUAUGUUGCACCUUGUCCUUGUACUGGAGUCUCCCUGUAACAUUAUCCGUUGCACCUUAUCCUUGUACAGGCAUCUCACCUUUUUUAUCUAUUUUUUCACCUCUACCUUUUUUCUCUCAAGUGGAUUUCCUGAGGCAAACACUUGAUUCUUCUUGUUAAUAAACACCAACAAUUAGUUCACUGCUCAAUGCAAAUGCACAAAGACUGAUCUCUGUCUAAACUUCAAAUUCCAAAGUGUCAAGUCAACAUAACAGUCUGCACAAGCACUUCAAUUCCACCACUCAAAUGACAGCCCAGUCUUCAAAGACAGUGCUGACCCUGGACUCUGAGGCGGUGUUCUCACUCAAAGAUGGCAUCAACUUUAAGAAGAGCCCAGAUGAUGGCAAGUGCUACAUCAUAUACAAAGAAAAUGGAGAGCUGAAGGCCUGCAAGAACCAAUGCAAACACCAAGGAGGCCUGUUCAUCAAAGACAUAGAGGACUUAGAUGGAAGGACGGUCCAAUGUACAAAACACUACUGGAAGCUGAACGUCUCAACUAUGCAGUAUGUGAACCCUCCUGACAGCUUCACACAGGAUGAGCUGGACGUCGUGAUGACAGACGAGGGUGGUCUUCAGCUCGUGGAGGUGAUCGUCUGGGACCCCUGGUUGGCAGACCCCCAGGAUCCACAGGAACUGCAGGAGGGAGAGGUGACUGUGACCUACCUCACCCAUGCAUGCAUGGAGCUCCAGCUAGGGGGGAAGAAGAUGAUAUUCGACCCCUGGCUGACGGGUCCGGCCUUCGCCAGGGGCUGGUGGCUGCUCCAUGAGCCCCCUGCUGACUCCAUGGAAAGGCUGUGCAUGGCCGACCUCAUCUACAUCAGCCACAUGCACUCCGACCACCUCAGCUACCCAACCUUAAAAUCCCUCUCUGCGACGAGACCCGAUGUUCCUAUUUAUGUUGGCGACACAUCAAGGCCAGUGUUCUGGAUGCUGGAGAAAAGGCAGGUGCAGCUGACAAAUAUCAACGUCGUUCCCUUUGGCAUUUGGCAAAACAUUGAUGAGCACCUCAGAUUCAUGAUUCUGAAGGAUGAAGUGCACCCUGAAUUGGACACCUGUAUCAUUGUUGAAUAUAAAGGUCAUAUGAUCCUCAACACGGUGGACUGCACCAGGCCAAACUACGGCCGACUGCCCCACAAUGUAGACCUGAUGAUGAGCGACUUUGCUGGAGGGGCGUCUGGCUUCCCCAUGACCUUCAGUGGAGGAAAAUACACAGAGAGCUGGAAAGCUGAUUUCAUCAAGAAUGAAAGGAAGAAGCUCAUGAACUACAAGACCCAGCUGGUAAAAUCCUUGCAGCCCAAGAUCUACUGCCCGUUUGCCGGUUACUUUGUCGAAGCACAUCCCUCAGACAGGUACAUUAAGGAAACUAACACGAAAAACAAAGCGGAGGAGCUCAAUGCCCUGAUCAAGAAGAGCGCUCCAGGCAUAACAACAUGGACACCCAAGCCAGGCGCUGUGCUCGAUCUGGCACUGGCUCUGAUGAGCCCCAGCCGGAAAGCCAUCACCGACCCUCCAUCCGGGACAAACAUCUAUAAGGACAGUUGGGACUUUGAUUUGUACGUGGAUGAACUGAACAGGGCCAUCACCGCUGAGAUAUUUAAACAUAAAAGCUGGAUCCAAUUUUAUUACAUCUGGGCAGGGUUUAAAAACUACAAUCUAGUUGUCCGGGUCAUAGAGACAGAUGAGGACUUCAUUCCGAUAGCCAAUGGCUACAACUAUCUGGUGGACUUCAUGGAUCUGUCCUUCCCUACUCAGAGGCCCACUAGAGAGCACCCUUAUGAGGAGAUCAAGAACAGGAUCGGAGUCAUGAGGCACGUGGUGAAGAAUGGCCUUCUUUGGGACGACCUGUAUAUCGGCUUCCAGAACCGUCUGAGCAGAGAGCCAGACGUCUACCACCACCGGUUCUGGAACCACUUCCAGACAGAGUUGCCAGUCACUGGGCCGGACUGGGACUUGUUCCUGCAGCAGGUGCCAUCAUACCAGAGGUCUGCUGAACCCCAGGGAAUCCAAACAGAAAGUGUCUCUGCUUCUACAUUCUUAGAAAAAGCAGACUGUACUGUCUCACGAGAACCAAGCUUUGUGCCUGUAUCUAUUAAUGAAUAGUAAUGAAUAAGAAGAGCUGCUCUCCCUGUCACUGUAGGCACCACCAACCUCCCUGUGCUACUGAAACAGGGAAAAAGGGACGUGGCUGACAAGAUUUAAUUUCUAAAUUGGUUCAAAUAAUAGCUUCAUUUAGGGUUCAUUUUCUAAUUCGUUUUUUCAUAUAAUGGUGAAAUCAAUUAACAUAGCGUCUAUUGUUGCUUGGCAGGUCUGUAUGUAGAGGACUAGUAACAAAAAGUAGGAAAAUAUAUGCACUCACUACUAUGUCGCUCUGGUAAGAGCAUCUGCUAAAUGACUAACAUGUAGAAUAUGAAUAAACUUUAUCAUUGAUUA